AUGGACUGCGCUCUCGCAAAUAUGGAUAUCAACACAAAAUUCUCCCAUCACCAAUAUGCCUUUUCGACAAACAGUAUUCCCACCUACGCGAACAGGAACACCACCUCGUACUACGUAACAGAUGAAGAUCCCACAGCCCAAGGAAACGAUAUAGCUUACCCUCGCUAUUCCCCAACAUUUCAACCCUGGAGGAGGCAACAAGCGCAGAGUUCUCUCUCAUUCAUUCCUUCGACAUCUCCUCGCCCGGAGCAAACUGAGUACACGGCGCAGCCCAAACGAUCAACAGAGCGGCUAUCUGCCACUCCCGCCUCGCCAUUUCGGUCUGUGCGCAGGAUGAAGCAACCCUUUCAACUGCGCUUACCAUCAUCUCCAUCGGUGGAAAGCAUCCAGUCCGCGGCCAGAGAGUCCAGGCUAUCGCGACCUCCAUCCGGAAAUCAAGCGCUGCGGACUAGUCGCUCAUACCAGCACAUUACGAAGACAAAUAUGGAAGCAUUUGGACUGCUUCCAAGUCCUCCUCUAUCAGACUCGAGGGAGUCACAGCCCUCGCCGUCUUCCGCAUAUUUCUCCCCCAAGCCGGACUCAGACCUAGACACUGACCAUGGGACCCCUAAGAGUAGCGUAUAUACGCCAACGACAAUUUCGAGUGAGGUCUACAGCACCCACAGAAACGACCCGACUCCAAAAAGAGCAGGGGACACAACAAAUGUACACAUGGCACAUUCCAACUUGAUGAAGCAAUAUAGCACCAACGACGGAAAAUGGACUCCAGUAUCUACUGCUUCCCCGCAUGCUUUCGAGAAGAGAACAUUUUCCGGUUCUUCCAUAGAAACGCAGCGGAGUCGGUCAGGAACCGUAUCGAGUGAAGGAAGCUGGGUCCCAAGUAACCUUUCGUACUGUGAGGACUGGCUCCAAAGAGCUCCCCUGGAAUUCGAGACUACCGGAGAAAAGUCGAAGGAAAACAACAGAAGAAGAAUACAGAUAGUUCAACAGAGCCCUCCGCCACCUGAACGGAAACGCGAGAUGAAGGCUCCUGCGGACGAACCAGUGAUGUUUGCGGUGGCCAGCAAAACCAAGCCAAAGCUGGUUGACAUUUCGCGACAAUCUUCUCCCGCCAUGAGCUGCUCCAUUCCAACCCCACCUCAGCCACCAGUGCCUUCAACACCGGAUCUAGGCCAUCAAGAAAUAUCUGCCUUCAGCCCCGACACACCAUUGGAGAUGUCAGACAGCGGAUAUUCUACUACUGAUGCAUCUUGUGAUUCCCCGGGUGACACUAAGCCGGACAAGGAGGAUGGCUUCAUCCAUGUAAGCUCAGUAGGGAGCAUCAGUGACACCGCUAUCCGCGAUAAGCCAAUGCGCAGUGUUGCAUCGCCAAAAUCACCUCCACGGCCAGAUGCAGCGUACAAAGCUAACUCGCCAUCAAAGCCUCGGCGACCUGUGCCCUCAUCUGACACGGCUGAGAAUGGCGAGUUGAAGAAAUGGUGGGAUCAUGAAUGGGCAAUGGAUCAGCUGGAACAUUCGAUCAAGGAAUUCCCACGCACCAUGCUUAGAUUGACAUCCCCGGUCAUUAUACUCGUUCGUCAUAGUGACGAAAAGGACAUCCUGCGGAGGUUUCGCCAAAUCUUUCCAGAUGCCGCAGAAAAUCUAUUAGAUGGUCUAUGUGCAGCACUAAUAGCGCGGAACUACGUGCUGUCGUUAGCAUCAUCUAAACGAAAAACCGCAAACCAUGGUCAUCGCCCCACCCUGUCUCGUCUUGACACCGUCCCCGAGAGAGCGAGCGCUAUGUUAUGUACACCGCUUGCCCCGUCAUCGCCAUCGCGAGUCAGAGAUAGGGUAUUGGGGUCGCGGAGUGGAGAGCUCAACAAAAACUUAGACCGAAUAAUUGACGACCUUCUGUUUGCUAUAUGUCGCAAGCACGACGCAACCCUAAAGUCCGCUGUGCUCGUUUUAACUCAGGUCCUGGAGACCAAAGCCUAG